AUGCUAUUUGGAUGUGUUGUUAUGUUUCAGCUUGUAUGGAUAUUGUUGGCGGCAGCAGAUCAGCAUGUUGAUCGAGCAGCCAUACAAGUGCAAGAACGCGAAUUGGCUAGGAAAUGGGGUCGACCNAGUAAGUCCCAGACUCGCACUUUGCAUACGCGUUUGUUAACGAAUGUGAUGGCUCAGGGAAGUUUCGCAGGCCUGGUCACUUUCGCUCAUUUGCCUUAUACACAGUGCUUGAAUAGUUUGCGACACAAAUACGAUGUGGCGAUCGUAGGCGCGCCGUUUGAUACUGGGUCCACUUACCGCAGCGAGGCAUACAUGGAACUAGGCUCUCGAGACCCAGCGUUUGAUGCUGGAAAAGCGCACGAUGAUGUUGACGAGGGGUUUGCCAGAUAUCCCAAACUGAUCACCUUGGGUGGUGACCAUUCUAUUGCGUUGCCGGCCUUGAGAGCCCUGCAUGAGCUGUAUCAGAAGCCAAUCGCAGUCGUGCACUUCGAUGCUCAUUGUGAUACCUGGCCCGGCCUCAAGCAAGAAGACGACGAAUACUGGUUCAGCGAGCAGGCGAACUACAAUCACGCUUCAGUCUUCUGGAACGCAGCUCAAGAGAGACUAUUAGCAAAUGGAUCGUGCAUCCACGCAGGACUCCGAAGUCGCUUGACGGGAACCAGUUUCCAAGAUUAUGCAAACGACGUACAACAGGGGUUCAUGCAAAUUGAGGUGGACGAUAUCGAUCGAUGGGGUGUCGAGGGCAUUGCCAAGAGAAUCAUGGCCAGAGUGGGUACAGAGAUUCCGGUGUAUCUCAGUAUUGACAUUGAUGUUUUGGAUGUGGCGUAUGCACCAGCAACUGGUACCCCUGAAGCAGGUGGCUGGUCCACUAGGGAGUUGAUCAGGAUAUUGAGAGGCAUUGAAGGCUUGAAUGUCGUUGGUGCGGACAUUGUUGAAGUUGCUCCUGCUUACGAUGGUGUCGGAGAGCCUACAUCCAUAGCAGCUACACAGAUCGUCUACGAGGUUCUGACAAGCAUCGUGAAGAGAGGGUUGAAGGCAGUGGAGGAUGAUAGCAAAGCGGAAAAUUAUCACCUCAAAGAUGAGCUUUAA